UGUGGACCAUGCUGACCCGAUUUUCAUCAUCACGCCUGUGUGCAGCUGGUGUGUCGAAACUGCCUGAGGUUAACAUAUACCAGUACGAGAUCUGCCCCUACUGCAACAAGGUGAAGGCCUUCUUGGACUGGCAACAGGUCCCUUACAAGACCAUGGAUGUUAAUCCUCUUACUAAGGGGGAGAUUCGAUUUAGUAAAGAUUAUCGGAAAGUCCCCAUAGCGUUCAUCGAUGGUGUCCAGGUCAAUGACUCUGCCGAGAUCAUCAAGAAGCUCGUCGAAGUGCUGGGCAGAGAGAACGUCACCAAACAGAUGCAAGACGCUGAGAUCAGCAAAUGGGUGGACUGGACUGACAACAAGCUAGCGGUGUUACUUUUUCCCAACCUCACACGAACGUUUGGCGAGUCGUUCGAGGCCUUCGGGUACAUUAUGAACAUACCUCAUAUGUGGUUACCCAUGAAAAUGGUCAAUCGUCUCCUUGGGGGUUGGGCGAUGUGGAUGGCCAAUGACAAGAUAAGGAAAAAGUACGACAUUGACGAUGAGCGAGAGGACCUCCUCAAAUGCAUCGACGAGUGGACACUCGACUUGGCAGCGAGGGGAGGGAAGUUCCACGGAGGCCCCAGCCCUGACCUCGCUGAUGUUGCCGUGUAUGGAUGCAUAAGGUCCCUCGAGGGCUUCACCACACACCAUUGGCUCCUCAGGAACCACACUGACCUCCUCGCUUGGUACAACAGGAUGUUCCGGGCAAUGCCCAAGUCCAGUCGAGUCGACCGUGUCUUUGACACUCCGAUUAGAAGUUCGACUGCAUGACGCGAGAUUGCGGGAGUUU